CUGCACGCGCAGGGAAGUGGGGGCGUGGCAUUUUUUUGAGGAAAAAAAGCUAAACAAUCUCUAAUCUUUCAAAUUGACUGUGUCGGCUUUUUAACUUGUCUCGGCUGGUGGAGAAGUCCAUACCUUAGAAUAGUGGUAACACACGGGGAUCCACUCAAGACAGGCCUGAAUGUAUUUUCUUCCAAAUUUCUGCACGAAAAGGUAUAGAAAGCGGGUAAUCUUUCUUUAGUCACCACUUCGGUCCGACGAUGAAUUCUAAAGGUUUGCUUGACAUGUCUCCGGCUGAAAUACUGGUUGGGGGCGCUUCGAAACAAGCCGGUAUUGACCAGCAUGCAGAGGGUUCCAAGGGAAGCGAAAUGAGUGUCACCACUACUGACAGCGGUGUCAUUCUGGCGUGCGGGAGCGGGCCCGCAUCAGGAGCAGUUUUCUGCACAAUCGUGCUAGACGAUGGGUCUUUGAGAGAAUGUACAAACCAGGACAUCAUCCUCAAUGGGAAUGACCUGUCCUCAGGGAGAGAAAAAUACGCGCACCGGAAAAUAAUGGGUUGUGGUGGCGAGGCAGAGAGGAACAGUGGUCUGACUGGGGUCCUUACUAACGGCAGUCCCACUCACUGCCUGAUCCUGAACGGGCAGAAGCCGGACAGACACAUGCACUCGAAAGCGAGGAAUCCGCUGGUGCCCGAUGGUUUCCAGGAAACCGGACAUCAAGUGCCACCUGAGGAGAGAAAUCCCCACCCCUCCUCCCACAUACCUGUCCCCCGACGCAGGAAACCCUCGGGUCGUGCUGAUAAGGAGGUAAUGGCUGCCACCGUCCUGACAUCGCUAUCCACCUCCCCACUGGUCCUCACCCAGACAUCCUCAGCUGCAGUUCCGGAGUCGGCUAGCAGGGGGUGGAAGGAGGCGCUGUCGACCAGCUACAGCAGCUCCACCAGUGGCAACUGGAGCUGGGACACCAGCGACCAAUCAGUGCCCUCCACACCAUCCCCACCCCUCUCCAACGAUGCCAGCAAGAGCUUCCUGCUCCCCUCCCAGGGUGAUGACGUCAUCGAGGACGUCACAGAGAGCACUCACUUUCCGUUUGUGGACCCCAUACCCCGGAAGCGAAAGAACUCCAUGAAGGUGAUGUUCAAGUGCUUGUGGAAGAACUGUGAAAAGGUCCUCAGCACCUCUUCAGGGAUCCAGCGACACAUCCGAACCGUCCACCUGGGGCGGAACUGCGACUCGGACUACAGCGACGGGGAGGAGGACUUCUACUACUCAGAGAUCGAGGUCAACAUGGACAGCCUAUCAGAGGGCUUAUCCAGCCUCACGCCCACCUCCCCCACCACCUCCGGCCCUCCCCCCGUUUUCCCACCUGUCUCCCUCACCACCUGUCUCCCUCGUUCUGAGCCCUCCCACAUCGCCAUGAGGGGGACACAUGGCCACGCCCCCACCCUGCUCAGCCAAUCAGCUCCCUCCACGCUCUGCCAUAUUCGCACUGACCACGCAUACCAGGCCACUGCUCCUGUGAGUAUUCCUGUGUGUUCGGAGCAGGUUGGUGGGAAUGAUGGGAUUGGGAAUGGGGAUGGGAUCAGUGUGUCCUGGCAGUCGUCUCCUGUCAUUUUUAAAGGCUUACCGGGCCCUUUGACUCACACCCGCACGGUGAGCUUCGGGGAGAAGAGACAGCCUGCCCUUCACACACACACUACCAUCAGCAAGACAGCCCCCUCUACAGCCCCCCUGCCCAAACCAGCACCAGGAACCAGGAAACCCCGCGGAGAGGCUAAAAAGUGCCGGAAGGUAUACGGCAUGGAGAAGAGGGACAUGUGGUGCACAGCCUGCCGUUGGAAAAAAGCCUGUCAGCGAUUCAAUGAUUGAACCCCACUACAUCACUGGGAUGGACUCUUCCUCUGCCAGAGAUCACUGAGGUGGAGUCUUCCACUGGGGAGACGUGGGUGUUCUCCCUGAUGAAGCUGCUUAGAGCACGCACUGCUUCCUCCUGACCAGCAGGGGUCUCUCUGCUUGCUUCUCUUAAUCCUCAGACAGCUAAACACACGAAACACAAAAACAAAUGGAUGAAAAAGGAAAAAAAUAUAUAUAAUAAUUGUGAAAAAAGUAUAUGGCUUUGGAAGCAUAGGUAAUCCAAAAAAUGAUUAUUCAAAACGUGAUUCAGAAUGAAAGUUUGGUUUUGUACUUUCUAAUUUUGCAUGCCUUCACUGUAGGGCAGUGGUUGAAGAUUUCAGAUAAGCUUUUUGGUAUUGUGUACUUUCAACAUGUUCAACAUGUUCUUGAGUCUAUAAGAUCCUUAAACCACUCUCUUGUCAGCAUCUUUCAAUGCACCUCUGUUGACAUUUUGGAACUAAAACCAGAUUCACUUUGUGGUGUAUCUUUGAAUGGAUCAUUUCAACGGAGGUGCAUUGAAAGAUGCUGACAAGAGAUUUCAACGGCCACGUUUUUAAAUUUCAACGGUCACUCUUUUGAAACGGGAAGUAUGUCUACCAAAGGAAAACAGACACAGAAUCUUAUUCAUAUAACACAUCACAUGCUCUUAUGGGAAUUCAACUCAACAAUUCCAAUCUCUUUGGUUGGGAAGUAAAUAUGCAUAGCUACACACCAUAAGCUCCCUGCAUCUGUUGCUUAUUCCAUCUGCUGGCACCAAAUGUCACACUUUGAACCUUCAGAGUGUUCAGUGUACAUGUACCGUUUCUAGUUUCUCUUCCUAGACCUCUACAUAGAUAUGCAGCUUUCAGAAACAACACAUCCUUAAACAGACCGCAUGUAAACUUUGUAACCACACUGUUCACUCUCAUUUCUCACAUCUAACAGUUUAUUUCCAGCGAUUAGUUCCCAAGGCAACUACUGUAGUAGUUGCAAAGUGCCAUCACCAGGGUUUGGACAGUCUGGUCUUGCUUUGAUUAAUCAGCUCUAUUGUUGAUUACAGUUAUCAAUAACAACAUCAAACCUUCCUGUAGCAUUAUUUGCUACUCAGUGUUCUAAAAUCCAUUUCCUGUGUACGUUCAUAGAAAUAUAAUGUCAUUGUAGUUCUCUAUGGGUACUAUACCUAGUCCUGCCCAACCCUGACACCCAGUUACUGCUCUUAACUGGUAUCUAAGGGUGUUGAAAUAUAAUGUCAUUGUAGUUCUCUGUGGGUACUAUACCUAGUCCUGCCCAACCCUGACACCCAGUUACUGCUCUUAACUGGUAUCUAAGGGUGUUGAAAUAUAAUGUCAUUGUAGUUCUCUGUGGGUACUAUACCUAGUCCUGCCCAACCCUGACUCCCAGUUACUGCUCUUAACUGGUAUCUAAGGGUGUUGAAAUAUAAUGUCAUUGUAGUUCUCUGUGGGUACUAUACCUAGUCCUGCCCAACCCUGACUCCCAGUUACUGCUCUUAACUGGUAUCUAAGGGUGAUGAAAUAUAAUGUCAUUGUAGUUCUCUGUGGGUACUAUACCUAGUCCUGCCCAACCCUGACUCCCAGUUACUGCUCUUAACUGGUAUCUAAGGGUGAUGAAAUAUAAUGUCAUUGUAGUUCUCUGUGGGUACUAUACCUAGUCCUGCCCAACCCUGACUCCCAGUUACUGCUCUUAACUGGUAUCUAAGGGUGAUGAAAUAUAACGUCAUUGUAGUUCUCUGUGGGUACUAUACCUAGUCCUGCCCAACCCUGACACCCAGUUACUGCUCUUAACUGGUAUCUAAGGGUGUUGAAAUAUAAUGUCAUUGUAGUUCUCUGUGGGUACUAUACCUAGUCCUGCCCAACCCUGACUCCCAGUUACUACUCUUAACUGGUAUCUAAGGGUGUUGAAAUAUAAGUGUUUUUCUCAGAGGGAUUAUUUGCGCACCAUGAAUUGUACCUGGAUUCCUGAUCAGACACAAUUAUAUGGAUGUAUAUUUUUACAAAGAUACAUUUUUUUACUUUAGCUACUUUAUUUUAUUUUAUUGUUGCCAGCUCUUUGAAUGUAGUUUCUGCUGCCUCUCUCUCUCUCUCUCUCUCUCUCUCUCUCUCUCUUCUCUCUCUCUCUCUAACUCUCUCUGCCUCUCUCUCUCUCUCUCUCUCUCUCUCUCUCUUCUCUCUCUCUCUCUAACUCUCUCUAACUCUCUCUCUCCCAAUACUGACUACUAGCCAUGCCACACGUUACAACAGCAGGACACACACAUGCAUGGUGCUACUUGUCCUCUUUCCCUAGGUUCCCUUCAACCUAUUCUAUGACAAUGGCCACAAUCUAUGACUUUCCGUUCUUUGGUCAUGUGACAAAUAUGUUGUCAUAGUGACAUCUGCAUUCUCAGCUGAUGGCAGUCACAUAUUCUAAUUGGUGUGACAUUAGUAGAAGGCCAUUCUAAGACAGCUGGGGAUGACUGUCAUUUGUUGUUAUUUGGCGACAGCAAACAAUCAAACCCCCUGGAUUAAUUUCAGCAUGCCCUGUCAGUCUUUUCCUUGGUAACCAUUACCAACAGAUAUGGUCCUGCUCAUUGGCUGGUAACUCUGUCCGUCAGACAUUAUGUCCAGUAGUGUUUGAGAGAAGCUGGUUCUUACAGUAAGUAGCUCACUGGUCAGACUGGAGAGUAGCCCGGUAUUUAAUGGUCAGAAACUUCACUAAGUGCCAUUGAAAAGAACAUUAUGAGGAAAAAGGAUUUACCUAAAUAAAUUGCACUAACUUGCACUGCACAAAGACUUGCUUUUAUACAUGGAUUUUAUACACACAGAUUUUGAAGUGAAAUUACAUUUGAGGUUGUUUUAUUUUGGAUCGUCACUGCCUUGGUGUCAACAUGGGGUUUCAGGGAUGGGGCUUCUACACCUCUUGGGUCCCCCCAUAAGAACCUUUUGAACUGGUAUGUUUAGCUCUCUGUGUGUGUGUGGUGUACUCAGCCCAAUGGUGCCAACAAUAUUGCCUGGAAUCGUGUGGUACUGCAUAGUACAGCGGUACUUUGUGUGUCAGGGUUUCCCCAAGACUUUUCUAUUGUGGUGGUGCACCAAGAAGACCCCUGAAGUCACAUCUCAGAUGGUCUGCCCUAACUUGGUAAUAUAUGGGGAAACACUGGUCCAGAGGUAGCCCUCAGUUAGUCAAUGGUUGCUUGUUGUCUUCUUAAGAACAGAUAAAUGAUGGUGUUUCAACACUAUGGGCUUUCCUUACGUAGCAUACUCAUACACUGCAUUCACAAGAAUUUAGUUUAGUCUUCCUUCCUUACGUAGCAUACUCAUACACUGCUUUCACAAGAAUUUAGUUUAGUCUUCCUUCCUUACGUAGCAUACUCAUACACUGCUUUCACAGGAAUUUAGUUUAGUCUUCCUUCCUUAUGUAGCAUACUCAUAGACUGCUUUCACAGGAAUUUAGUUUAGUCUUCCUUCCUUACGUAGCAUACUCAUACACUGCUUUCACAAGAAUUUAGUUUAGUCUUCCUUCCUUACGUAGCAUACUCAUACACUGCUUUCACAGAAAUUUAGUUUAGUCUUCCUUCCUUAUGUAGCAUACUCAUAGACUGCUUUCACAGGAAUUUAGUUAAGUCUUCCUUCCUUACGUAGAAUACUCAUACACUGCUUUCACAAGAAUUUAGUUUAGUCUUCCUUCCUUACGUAGCAUACUCAUACACUGCUUUCACAAGAAUUUAGUCUAGUCUUCCUUCCUUACGUAGCAUACUCAUACACUGCUUUCACAAACAUUUAGUUUAGUCUUCCUUCCUUACGUAGCAUACUCAUACACUGCUUUCACAAGAAUUUAGUUUAGUAUUCCUUUGCCUAAAAGGCGCUUGCCUCUUUCACACUUUAUUGAGAUGAGGUAGUGUACAGAGAAUAAGUUUUCUUUCCGGACUUGACUCUUCUCCACCAAUCAAAACAUCAAUCUUGUGUUUGGUCCUACUGGCAGCAGAUUGGCCAUUCAUACGUUUGAGUACUUUUCAGACCAAUCUAGUCUGUUGUUCUCAAUCUCAUUCACACCCCUAUGCCUGCCACAAAACCCGCCUCUGGUAUUUAAUUGCACUAAAGUGGUUUUAUGGGUCAUUGGCCAGGGCUAAUGAAGGGGAACACUCUUUAUCCACUUGCUACUACCUACAUUGACAAACUGGAUGAAUCUAAGGAAGGCCUCACCCACAGUAAGUUGACCUGGUAUGGAAUAGGGUAGGGUCAGGUGGGUUUGAGUGAUAACUGCCAUCCCUACGGCUGUUUUUAGGAGACCUGAGGUUUUGUAUGGUAGAGAGAGGGCUGAUUGGGUGUGUUUGGGGAACUGGGACUUUGUGAUAGGUGGAGAAAGAGUGGGACAAGCAGUGACGAUUAUUCGAGAUGGAUUUGUAGUUUCAGGCCUUUCCUGUACAUAUGCAACGUAAAGACAACCCUGAAACUUUUUUCAUAUAUUGUUGUGUGUCUGUUAAACAAAAAUUAAACUUUGUAAGGUAGAGGUUGCUCAGAUUGUUGGUGUGCGUGUUUGAGAAGCUGUAGUUAAUAUAACAUACAAAUAUAUUGCAGUUCAGGGGAAAAGUGGCGAAAUAACGUAGAUGAAUGUAAAACCUACAAAAAGAAAAGCUUGUUUCUUGUUGUAACGCUGGCUAGUUUCUACUGCCGGUAGAAAACUGUUAGUGCACUCUGACAGAAUGAUGGCACAAACAGCACAAACUGUCAUUCUGGUGCCAAAUUUUGCAUCUGCACUGUUCUUCAAGUAAAUGUGUUUUUGUAAAAUAUUCAGUGGAAAUUGUUCAAAGUAGUCAUUGUGCAUAGAGUUGUAUGGUUUGUUUAACUUUGCAAUCAUUGGUUUUGUUUGACAUACAUUUUAAAGUGAAAAAUCUUAGUCUCAGCAUAAUUCUGUUACCGUGGAAUUGCCCAUUAACCUUCUUACAUUGUGCAAUGAGACGCUUUAAUUCUAACAAGAACUAACUUGACCUUUUGGUGAACUUUCUGUGAGCCACCUGGUGUGAUCUAUUAUGAAUGCAUUUAUUGGUAUGUAGGCCUUUAUUUAGGCUGUUAUAAGGAGUCAUGAACUGUUAUGAAUGCUUAUAGCAGGCCAUAUACUGCACUACUUUAAUGCACAUAUUGAAUGUGUUUAUAAAGUUGUUAUGUAAGUGGUCAGAACCCACUGGACAAAAACUGGUUGAAUCAACGUUGUUUCCACGUCAUUUCAACAAAAACAUGAAAUGUGAUGAAAUGUGAUGAAUCAACGUGGAAAAUUGAUUGGGUUUGUAAAAUGUAAAAGGGAAUUUCGUCAUUUUUUUCACCCGACUUUUAAACUAGAUCCAAUAACAUGGUGAAAUGUUUUGUUGAUUUCACGUUGAAUUCACGUUAGUUGACAACUCAACCAAAUGUAAAUCAAAACUAGACGACGAAAUGACAUCAGUGUAUAGGAACCGUGAGCUGUUGUGAAUGCUUAUGGCAAGUCUUAUAAUACACUAUGGAGUGAUCGACUGUGCUAUGAAUGCAGUCAUAAUGUAUUGUACACAGGCGUUUCAGAAAAUGUGCUACCUACCUUUUCUGUCUCCCUGCCAAAUAAGUAUUUAUUAGAAUACAUGUUGUCAUUGUCUUUUGUGGGAGACAAAUCACCUAGGCGGCUCGGGGAUUCAAACUCGCAACCUUUCGGUUAUUGACCCAACACUCUUAACCGCUAAGCUACAUGCCACCAAAUUGUACCUGUACCUUUCCCUCUGACUCGCUUCCUCUCUAUCUCCCAAUCUAUUUUUCUCUUAUCUAUCUUUUUCCCCCGUCUCUCUCUUUUAAACUAUCAGUAUUGACUGUAGUCCCCCCCAAAGUCAGUACCCAGUAUAUUAAGCUAACCGAGCCCUUGAAAUGUGCAGAAAGAAAGCCUUUAUUUCCUAAUGUUACAUCAUUCUAUCCUUUGUUUGCUCGUUGAAUGUCCAUGUUGAUGAGUCCAGCCCAGCAGCUCAGCAGCAGCAAAGCCAAAUGAAAUGUAACACAUCGUCAUCACUAUGGAGGCUCCACUCAACUCUGUGCUGUUUCUUCUAUCAUGCUCUUAAACAACACACCAAUCUGUUCUGUUUGUCUUUGUCUUUUAUCUGUUUUCUUGUUGUAACUGUCUGACUGUUGUUCUCUUGCUGUGCUGUGUCAGAGCAUUGUGGUUGGUGGGAGGGAAACAUACUUUCUUUUGGUUGCUUUAUUAUCUUGUUCAUAUUGAUUGAUUGAUGUGCUCUCAUUAUGUCUGGUGCAGAAGUGUUUUAUUGCUCAUGUCUGUCUGACAUGUGUUUGAGUGGAUGGGUGACUUGAUGUCAUGAUGAUGAUGUGAUGUAAAUGUGAUAGAGAGAAAAUAAAUGCAAAUGGAUUGGAA